AUGGCACCAAAAACAGACAGGUUGAGACGAGACACCGUAUCAUCGAAGAUAUUGUCAUUAAACCAACUAGUCAAACUUAAUCUCAUUCCUAGUCCCCAACCUAGCGCUACUGGCUACUCAAAGGAAGAACUAGCUAAAAAGUACCUUAAGGUGUUGGCUAUUGAAGACGUGUUCAAGCAUAGGGUGACAAAUGUGGUUUUCAUGGGAAUGGGUGAGCCGAUGUUGAACCUAAAGUCAGUGCUUGAUGCUCAUCGUUGUAUGAACAAGGACAUUGAAAUCGGGCAACGAAUGAUUACAAUAUCAACAGUAGGUGUUCCAAACAAAAUCAAGAAACUUGCCUCUCAUAAGCUUCAGUCGACCUUAGCUGUCAGCUGUGCUUUUGGUGAAUCAGCUUACAUGCGCCAAAUCAGAGUCUCCGGGAGAAAAAUUGUACCAAGUGCCAAGGCUUAUCCGCUAGAAGCAAUUAUGAAGGAUUGUUGUGAUUACUUCCAAGAAACAAAUAGACGAGUCUCCUUCGAAUAUGCCCUUCUAGCUGGUGUCAAUGACAAAGUUGAGCAUGCGGUGGAACUCGCAAAGCUACUCCGUGAAUGGGGUAAAACUUAUCACGUUAACUUGAUACCUUACAACCCGAUAGAAGGAUCAGAGUACAAGCGACCUUACAAGAAAGCGGUCCUAGCGUUUGCAGCUGCAUUGGAGUCACGUAAGAUAACUGCCAGCGUCAGGCAAACAAGAGGACUUGAUGCAAGUGCUGCUUGUGGUCAGCUGAGGAAUAAGUUUCAGGAAAGCUCUGUAAUUGCUGAGACGAAUUGUCAAGAAUCUCAGCCAGAUGGAGAAACUGCCGCGUCUUGAUGUCCGGGAUUGCACAAAUCUCUGGUUUUGCCAUUAGAUGCUCUGUUCAACUUUGUUUUGAAAAGUAGACAGGCAUGACUCAAUGACGGAAAUGUAAAAUUUGCCUUUAAAGGCUUGGUCGGUCAUUACAGCUGGGGAUGAGGAGAUUGAAGCGCACGUUUGAGAACUGAUGACUUUGACAUAAGUUUUAUAUGUCUUGGCCUAUAUGUUUGUGAUGUGAUGUAUACUUAGGCAUGUCAAUUAGGCCCAAAGGCCGCGGGCUGGCCCGGCCCGGUCCUGAAAAAUACCGGGCUCGGGCUUAAAUAUAUAUGUUCAGAAAAAAUCGGACCUUUCAGGCUCAG